UUUGACAGACUAUUGUUAGUGAGGUGGACUCUGCGUGGUGGGCUCUGCUACAUCAGCUGAUCGCUGCUCUGCGCACAGACUUACAGCUACCUCGCUGUCUGCAAGUAGUAGGCUACUUACGUCGCAUGCAGAUCUUCACUGAGGCCGAGUUGCGUCUCAAAUUCCUUCAAGUGCGAGACUCUUGGCUUCAGUCUGAGCUGGCCAAAAUUCCCAGUGACGAUGCUACUCACCACCUGACCAAGACAAUAGAGCUCUCCCGUAUCCACCUAUUCAACAUAGUCACUCAGUACAGAGCCGUGUUCACUGAUGAGGAGCACAUCAUCACCUCCCGACAGCUGGCUCUCGCAGAGUCCUCCAUCUUCCAGUCCUGGCUCAACCAGAAGAUCUCACAGUUCCUGACCACGUUGGACCAGGAUUUGUUGCGUGGCGUAGGAUCGUCUCUAGCGUCUCUUCUGGGCCAGUGUAUGUACUUUGGCCUGUCGUUAAGUAGCGUAGGAGCGGACUUUCGCGCACUAGUGGCCCCUGUGUUUGUGCGUGCAGUCAAACGCAACCUGGAAACCUCUGUGCGCAAGGCUUCCAAAAAGUUUGAGGCGGACAUGGACAAGUUUACUUUGCCCAAAAGCCAACCCCAGGUGAAGACUGGUACACCGACUCAGAAAAGUGGCAUAAAACAGGAACAGCCUCCGGAGAGUCUCCUGGAGUUCUAUCCACUAGCGGAGUAUUGUAACAAUCUGCUGGUGGGUCCUCAAACGAGCUGCGUUUAUGUGCACCUCUCGCCUGCGCAGCGCACGCAGCCACCCUGCUACAGGACUCACUUACCACAGCCGCGACCCGAGUCAUCCUUGCAUUCUACCGCCAGCAGAGAAGAGAAGGAAGGCUUCUCACGGUUCUUGCCUGUGUUUCCCACGCGGGAGGCAGCUGGUGCCGUACAUGCAGCAUGUGGUUUUGUCCUCUCCACGCCGUAUUGUAACAAUGCCUUCGGAAAAAUACAACCUCAGUCUCGGGCUCACCACCUUCCAGAUUACAGCAAGCAGAUUAUUAUCGUCUGUGGAUCCAAAAGGGCGGGUUACAUGACGUCACAGAUUGGACCCGCGGUACCUCCCCGCCCCGCCCGGGGACAGCACGCGGUCCAAAAAGUUUUGUCGUGCAGAGCCCGCAGGCCUAAUAAAAGUGUCGAAAGGGAAGAAAGACAAGAGGAGGAAAGACUUGUAAAUCCAGGUGCUAUAAGAAGACAACUUUUUCUUGAUGAGCCCGUUGUCGCUCCUAUUGGUGAACUGGAUUCCGAUGAUGAAGAUGAAGAUCAUGUAUCAGUGCAGGAAGAAGACACAGCGUCAGAACAAUCAGGAGAGGAAGCGGAAGUACCGUUUUUGGAAGCAUCUCCAGAAUAUACAG